GAUGAUCAUCAUGAAUUUGCGGAAGAAUAUCAAUAUACUUCAUGUAAGUGUAUCCAUGCAAGGCACAGUAAAAUAUUGAGCGAUGAAUGUUGUGAAUAACAUUGUUAGUGUAGUUUUGUAAAUAUGUAGAAAUUUAUUUUCUAUUAUAUAUUUUAACUUCACGGUACUUCAUGCUAACGUGUAAAGACAUAAAAAGGUCAUAAAUAAUCGUGAAACGUUUUUUUCUGACCCCGAAUCGAUCCCGGGGCCUAAUGAUCAAACGUAUAUUGCUGUAAUCAAUCGGCCAUUGAUUCUUGCAUAUUUGAGGCUUGCGUUAAACAGCAUACAAGAAAUUCACACGUGGCCAUCAAAUUGAAAGGAAAAAAAAUCAAACAUUUACAUCGGUAAGGUCUUUGAUGCAGGUCUGUUCCAAAAUGUGGAAACGGACGAAAAGUGGGAAUAAACUGUGGAUGUUAACAUGGUGAGAUGUUGUGAUGGUUGACUCUUGAUUUAUUGUUAACUAAACAUGCUAUUAUAAGAUGUUGUUGGAACUUGUUUAUUGCUAUCCUUAUAUCUGUCGGUUGGAUCGUGUGUACACAAUUUUCUAUCUCGCCCUUACGUUGUCGAGUGUACAAACACAUCUAGGACAGCUGGAUAACCAGUACACAAUGUAAACACUAAUGUCGGUAACUGGCAAGUGCCCCUCUUGAAUCUGAUGUAGGGGGGUCUUAUAUAGGAUUUCAUGACUUAUCCCUUCAUAAGUUAUAUGGCCGGGCAUGAGAUCGAACCUGCACUGUUCGGUUUUCUAGUCCAGCGUUACAUGAUAAGACCUAGCCAGAGGAGUCGAAAUGUAAAAAAAUAUAUUUUUACUUCGGCUAAUAGCUUUAAACACUAUUAAGCUUUUGACAAUGAUUAUGAAACAUGGUUGACACCAAACUGAUUACUCCUUGUACAUCCGACAGAAGGGGACCCUACGUGGACUGCGACUCGCCAUGUACUACCUCAGUGUGGAUCACGAAGGCCGCGGGGGGCUGCAUUGUCAACGUGGCCAGCAUGGCGGGUUUGAAUUCGAACCCAUUCUCGCCUGUGUACGGCUGCACGAAGGCAGGAAUCAUUCACGUUACGCGAUGUUAUGCAGUAUCCGAGGCGGCCAAGAAGUCAAACAUCCGACUCAACGUGCUGUGUCCGGCGUUCGUAGACACGCCCAUGUUUAGACGGAUGGCGGAAAGGACGCUUCCCAGACUAUCGGCGGGGACCAGACAGCGGUGAACGCGUUCAUUGAGCGCAUUUGAGUACUCAGCACAGAAGAUGUGUCGGCGGCAUUAAUUGACAUUCUCACGGAUGAAACGAGAAACGGGUUGAUUUUGCAUUGAACGCGAAGAACGUUUACAGCCCGCUUACCGUACAAGACGUGUAACAUAAUUUCACGAUCGUGUAACGGAACAAAUCGCAUACUAAACAGCGGCAGUGCAAUCGAGCAGCGGAUUUACGUACCGUUUAUUAGACAGAACCUAUUGUUGCGUACAACUGCAAAGUGGACGUGUAACAGAACAAUGAGAUAAGAAGGCAAUUGAAAACCGGACGUAUUCAAAACAUCGGUUCUACAGUCGUUGGGGAAUAUAAUAACAUUCUGCCCUUGCUGUUAAUUUGUACAUGUGUAUAACAUUCGUGUACAGGGGAAGUCAUUCAACUUAAGCGAAUAAUGACAGCUCGCAUAUGAUGACCGUUAUGACCGCGAAAUCAAAGAUGGCGUCCAUAAAACCAGGUCACAACAUGCACUCAAAUCCAAAAACAGAAACUUGACAAGUAGGCGAGAAGGUUGAGAAGGAUCCACAUUGUUAUAGUAUUACUAUCAAUAUCUCGUUAAUUGAAAGUAAAAGCACACACUAUGUGCCAACCGGCAGGGCUGAAUAAAAUACGAGUGUUAGUUUUUAAUAUAUGAUAUAUUGUAUGUAGCCUUUGACCAUUAUUUGUGUGUUUACAGAGUUCAUGAAUUCAUAUUGUACAGAAAGAACAUAGCGUUUUAUGAAAAUCUACCGGUAUGUGCAUGUAAAAUGUAUUGAACAAAACAUAACAA